AUGCGUUUCGCUCGGGGAGGAGGUCGCCAGCGUAAAAUGGGGAAGACUGCUGGUGGGAGAUCAGCAAAAAACCUACUUAAAUCAGAAAAUCAAGAAGGGCCUUCCAGCAAGAAAAAGGGAGCAGAUACAGAAGGAAGAAAACAAGGUCAAAAAAGAAAGCCGGAUACUCAGGCAGUCAAAAGGAAAGCUAAAGAAGACAGUGACUAUUCCCCUGCAGGAGAAAAAGGUUCUUCAAAAAAAGUGAAGCUAACCAGUGCAAAAACAGCAUCUUGGAAGACUCUCUCAGAGAGCAGUAGGCAGUUUCUGGAAACUGUAAUGGAUUCAAUAAUACUAUCUGUUUUGUGCCAACAAAAGGAGAGAAAAGGUGAUGUUCAGGAGCACCUCAAUUUAGUGAAAGAAAGAGUGCUGAGAUGUUUCAAGACUUUAAAGGUGCCUCCAAGGAAGCUGGGCAACCUGAAGAAUAUCUCGAGCCUUCAGAUGGCAGAGAAACAAAUGCUUAUGACAAACGAAGAGUCAUUGGUACAAUUGCAGGAAGAAAUAAAUGAAGCUAAGCGAUCAGCAGACUAUAUUGAAGAAAAUAUACAGCAACUGCAGUACAAAAUCCAGGUGCUCAAGAACCAGUUAGAGAAAGAUGAAAAAAAGGCCAAGAAGGUAUUCCAAGAAAGUGGUAUUGGAGCACUCAAUCUUCCAGAACUCCCCAAGCGCAGUUUACAAGCACCCACUUUGCAGGAAGAAAUUUUAAAGAUGAAAGAUCAGAAAGGUCUUUUAAAGGAUAUGAAUGCUAUUCAGCAGUCAGCUGACUUGAAGAACUUACUAACCCUCAUUGAAAAGACCUACGAGAAGGUGGACUUCCUCUGA